AUGGUUCACCAGCAGCCCCCAUCAUGGCAGGCCAAGGCACAAGCCUGGUUCACUAAUAGCCGCUAUCAUCACUACUGGAUUGUUGGGGUCCCUGGCACGCAGCCAACACAGUCUGCCCAGUCUGCCCAGUCUACCCAGUCUGCCCAGUCUGCCCAGUCUGCCCAGUCUGCCCAGUCUGCCCAGUCUGCCCAGUCCACACAGCCCCUAACCCCAACUGAGCCCCUCCUACAGCCCACACCGCUACCCCUCGACCAGCCAGCUAACUGUGGCCGCCACCAUGACCCCAACCACAACCCCUAUGGCCGCAACCCCAGCCCAAGCCCCAGCCCCAAACCUAACCCCAACCCUGCCCCCUAUCACCAGCCUAGCCGGCCGAACCAGCCGAACCAGCCUGACCAGCCCAACCAUCCCUACCAGCCCAGCCGGCCUAACUAG